AGCUCGGCGUCUCCACUUCCUGUAGGGCGAUGGCCCUGGAGCCUGCCCCCGGGAGGUUGCACAAACCUUCCUGCGCAGGCCCCAGGCUGCCUGCCCGCCUGGCGUGUGCACCAGCCUGCCUCUCCUGCUGGCCACCGCCUCCCCCCACCCCCACCCUGGUGGCUGGCAUCCCCACUCUCAGUCCUGCAGCCUGGACUGUGUCCUCUGUCUCCGAGGGGCCGGGCCGGACACUGGACCCGCCCUCCCAUCCCUGGGCACCACUCCUUCCUCAUUUUGCUGCUGAUUCUAGCCCCAAACAAAACAGGUUGAGCCCUUUUCCCCCCUCCGGCAGCUGUCUCUGGCUCACGGCUGCCUUUUGAGGCGCUGCAGACGGCGCCGGCCGAGGAGGGGGGCCCCGAGCCAGCCCUGUCGGCCCUGGGACAGUGCUCCUGGCUCCUAGCCCUCGUUCAGCCCUGUCUGUGGCAGGAGAGCGAGCUCUGCCGUGGCAGUUGCCUGAGGAUGAUGCCCCAGCUUCAGUUCAAGGAUGCCUUUUGGUGCAGGGACUUCACGGCCCACACAGGCUACGAGGUGCUGCUGCAGCGGCUGCUGGAUGGCAGGAAGAUGUGCAAGGACGUGGAGGAGCUGCUGAGGCAGAGGGCCCAGGCGGAGGAGCGGUACGGCAAGGAGCUGGUGCAGAUCGCCCGGAAGGCAGGUGGCCAGACGGAGAUCAACUCCCUGAGGGCCUCCUUUGACUCCCUGAAGCAGCAAAUGGAGAACGUGGGCAGCUCCCACAUCCAGCUGGCCCUGGCCCUGCGCGAGGAGCUGCGGAGCCUGGAGGAGUUCCGAGAGAGGCAGAAGGAGCAGAGGAAGAAGUUCGAAGCUGUCAUGGACCGUGUCCAGAAGAGUAAGCUGUCCCUCUACAAGAAGGCCAUGGAGUCCAAGAAGACGUAUGAGCAGAAGUGCCGGGAUGCUGACGACGCGGAGCAGAUCUUUGAGCGCAUUAGUGCCAAUGGGCAACAGAAGCAGGUGGAGAAGAGCCAGAACAAGGCCAAGCAGUGCAAGGACUCCGCCAUGGAGGCAGAGCGGGUGUACAGGCAGAACAUCGAGCAGCUGGAGAAGGUGCGGGGCGAGUGGGAACAGGAGCAUCGGACCACCUGCGAGGCCUUCCAGCUGCAAGAGUUUGACCGGCUGACCAUCCUCCGCAAUGCCCUGUGGGUGCACUGCAACCAGCUCUCCAUGCAGUGCGUCAAGGAUGACGAGCUCUACGAAGAGGUGCGGGUGACACUGGAAGGCUGCAGCGUGGACGCUGACAUUGACGGCUUCAUCCAGGCCAAGAGCACGGGCACCGAGCCCCCAGCUCCGGUGCCCUACCAGAACUACUACGAUCGGGAGAUCUCCCCGUCAUGUGGCAGCCCCGGUGUACAGCCAUCCUGUGGUAUGAUAAAGAGGUUCUCCGGGCUACUGCACGGAAGUCCCAAGAAUGCUUCGCCAGCAGCUUCUGCGGAGACCCUGACUCCCAUCCCCGAUCGGAAUGAGGGUGUCUACGCUGCCAUCAACGUGCAGGAGGUACCAGGACCCCCCACCCUGCCAGCCCAGGACUACAGGGCGCUCUAUGACUACACAGCCCAGAAUCCUGAUGAGCUGGACAUCACUGCAGGGGACAUCCUGGAGGUCAUCCUGGAAGGGGAGGAUGGCUGGUGGACGGUACAACGGAACGGGCAGCGUGGCUUUGUCCCUGGCUCGUACCUGGAGAAGCUUUAAGGAAGGGGCAGUAGCCCACAUCUGGACCUGCCCUGCCCAUGGGGCCGGCAGUGCCCCCGUCAAGACGGAGCCUGCCCUCCCAGGAAGGGUGCCGGCCGCUCCUGGGCAGUCUUUUCCACAGGGAAUAAAGGACUGCUUUUCCCCCUCUUUGCUCCCGUGUCCAAGUGCUCAAUGUGGAGGAAGCAAAGGUGGGGAGAAGUCCAGGCGAGCAGAG